UGGAUAUUGAUUGACGUCCCUGUGUGGCGCCUCCAUUGAAUUAGUUCCUUACGUAUAUCGUAUUAUGGUGAAUUUAAGUCUUUUGUCGCGCUCUCUUAGUAAAAUUCCUAGACUAAGCCAUUCAUUAAACACAUGUCUGGGAUCAAGGUGUAGGAAUUUGAGUCAUUCAAGUGGAUACACCAUCAUUGACCAUUCAUUCGAUGCGGUUGUUGUUGGUGCAGGCGGUGCAGGUCUACGAGCAGGGUUCGGUCUCGCUAAUGAAGGAUUUAAGACUGCGAUUAUCACGAAGUUAUUCCCCACUAGAUCACACACCGUCGCUGCACAGGGUGGGAUAAAUGCAGCUCUUGGCAAUAUGGAGCCUGAUGACUGGCGUUACCACAUGUACGACACUGUGAAAGGCUCUGAUUGGCUGGGCGAUCAGGAUGCCAUUCAAUAUAUGUGUGAGGAAGCUCCAAAAGCCGUUAUUGAGUUGGAAAACUAUGGAGUACCGUUUAGUCGUCUGGAGAAUGGUAAAAUUUAUCAGCGGGCUUUUGGUGGACAAAGCAUAGACUAUGGACGUGGUGGUCAGGCUCAUAGGUGUUGUGCAGUUGCAGAUCGCACUGGGCAUUCACUGUUGCACACAUUGUAUGGCCGGUCGCUACGCUACGAUGCUAGUUACUUUAUUGAAUAUUUUGUUUUGGAUUUGUUGAUGGAAAACGGUGAAUGCCGUGGUGUUAUUGCUGUAUGCUUAGAAGAUGGAACGUUACAUCGUUUCCGCGCAAGGAACACCGUUCUUGCUACAGGAGGGUACGGUCGCACCUACUUUUCAUGUACAUCAGCUCAUACAUGCACCGGUGAUGGGACUGCUAUGAUUACAAGAGCUGGUUUGCCCAACCAGGAUAUGGAGUUCGUCCAGUUCCAUCCUACAGGUAUUUAUGGUGCUGGGUGCUUGAUUACUGAGGGAUGUCGUGGUGAAGGUGGAUAUCUUAUAAAUAGCAAAGGCGAACGAUUCAUGGAAAGAUAUGCUCCUAACGCCAAAGACUUAGCUUCUCGUGAUGUCGUUUCAAGAGCCAUGACAAUUGAAAUUCGGGAAGGACGUGGUGUUGGUCCUAGGAAUGACCAUAUAUAUUUGCAACUUUCCCAUCUUCCGGCAGAGCAACUUCACAGCCGAUUGCCUGGGAUAUCAGAGACGGCAAAGAUAUUUGCUGGUGUUGAUGUAACAAGAGAUCCUAUUCCUGUCUUACCAACUGUACACUAUAAUAUGGGAGGAAUCCCGACGAAUUACAAAGGACAGGUUUUGACGUAUGAUCCUGUUGCUAAGAAAGACAAAGUUGUUCCCGGACUGUAUGCUGCUGGUGAAGCUGCUUGUGCUUCAGUUCAUGGUGCCAACAGACUGGGCGCAAAUUCACUGCUUGAUAUAGUUGUGUUUGGUCGUGCAUGUGCAUUGGAUAUCGCUUCAAAACACAAACCCGGAGAUUCUGGUCCAGAAUUAAAGGCAGAUUCUGGAGAAGCUUCGAUCGCUAACUACGAGAAACUUAGAACGGCCAAUGGAGAGUUCCCAGUAGCACAAGUUCGAUUAGAGAUGCAACGUACAAUGCAAGAGUAUGCAGCAGUAUUUCGUGAUGGUCCAACACUACAAACAGGUUGUAAGAAAAUGUAUGAAUUGUACACCUCCAGAAUGAAUAAUUUAAAACUUAGCGAUCGAAGUAAAAUAUGGAAUAGUGAUUUAAUGGAGGCCUUAGAAUUACAAAAUUUAAUGUUGAACGCUUUACAGACUAUUGUAGGAGCUGAAGCUCGUAAAGAAUCUCGUGGUGCUCAUGCACGUGAAGAUUUUGCCAGUAGAGUAGAUGAAUAUGACUAUUCUAAACCGAUUGAAGGACAAAAAGCCAAACCAUUUGAAGAACAUUGGCGAAAACACACCUUAUCCUAUCAAGAUCCUAAAACUGGUGCUAUGCUAAAAGCUGUCCAACUGUUCCACCGAAACUUCGUUCAUAUUAGGACUGCUAUUGAAUUAGGAUAA